GGGCCUGCAGCUCGGGGUGCUGGGCCUGCAGCUCGGGGUGCUGGGACGGGCACAGGCCUGAUGAGUAACCCCUCCCCGCAGGUCCCAGGGGGCGAAGCCUCUGCCUCUGUCAGCCGGCCCAAGACUUCCAUGGCCUCCACCUCGCGCCGUCAGCGCCGAGAGCGUCGCUUCCGCCGCUACCUGUCUGCAGGCCGGCUGGUCCGGGCCCAGGCCCUCCUCCAGCGCCACCCGGGCCUUGACGUGGACGCUGGGCAGCCCCCGCCACUGCACCGGGCCUGUGCCCGCCACGACGCCCCGGCCCUGUGCCUGCUGCUGCGGCUCGGGGCUGACCCUGCCCACCAGGACCGCCAUGGGGACACGGCCCUGCAUGCUGCUGCCCGCCAGGGCCCCGACGCCUACACAGACUUCUUCCUGCCACUGCUGAGCCGCUGUCCCUCCGCCAUGGGGAUCAAGAAUAAGGACGGGGAGACCCCUGGGCAAAUCCUGGGCUGGGGACCCCCUUGGGAUUCCACGGAAGAGGAGGAGGAAGAUGAGGCUUCCAGGGAGCGAGAAUGGAGACAGAAGCUGCAGGGCGAGCUGGAGGACGAGUGGCAGGAGGUCAUCGGGAGGUUUGAAGAUGACGCUUCUGAGACCCAGGAACCCGAGUCCUUCUCUGCCUGGUCAGAUCGCCUGGCCCGGGAGCAUGCCCAGAAGCGCCAGCAGCAGCGGGAGGCUGCAGGACCCCAUCGACCCCCUCGGAGGGCUGAGGGCUGCAGUCACAGCUGGCGACAGCAGGAGGAGGAGCAGCGACUCUUCCGAGAACGGGCUCGGGCCAAGGAGGAAGAACUGCGUGAGAGCCGAGCCCGAAGAGCCCAAGAGGCUCCAGGGGACCGAGGGCCAGAGGCGGCCAGGCCUAAGCCCAGGGCAGAGUCCCCCAGAAGGGCAGGGAGGGGCAGCCUGUGGCGCUUCAGUGAUGUGCCCUGGCCCUGCCCUGGGGGCGGGGACCCUGAGGCAAUGGCCGCAGCCCUGGUGGCCAGGGGACCUCCGCUGGAGGAGCAGGGGGCCCUGAGGAGAUACUUAAGGGUCCAACAGGUACGUUGGCAUCCUGACCGCUUCCUACAGCGAUUCCGGAACCAGAUUGAGACCUUGGAACUGGGCCGCGUGAUGGGAACUGUGACUGCCCUUUCUCAGGCCCUGAAUCGCCAUGCAGAAGCCCUCAAAUGAGCCGAAGGAAAUGGCGAGAAACUGGGGCGCAAUCUUGGGGGCGGGCAGAAGGAAGGAUCCGGUGCUCUAGGAAGGAGGCAGAUGCUCUGUGGAGAGGAUAUGGGGUGGAAGCGAAACCUGUCGGAGUGAGGUGUGGGUGCAGGCUCCACCACAGCCCCUUGACUUGUCGUUGCCUAAUAAGACCUGGUUCCACAUCUCACUCCCAGUGUCUCCACUGCCUUUUCCAUUACUGUGGUUUCAUCACCCUUAACAUCUCCUUUCCUACCCACCAGCUGAGAUCCGCCAUCCCCACAUACCUGUAACACACAUGCGCAGGCUAGGGCUACCCUCAGCUGGAGAGAAACCCCUACUUGCCCACUCUAGGGGUCAGACCUAGGACGGCUCUCUCUGCCCUCCAGCCCCCCUCCCUCCCUCCCCUGGGGUCCCAUCCAUGCUGCAGAUGUGAACAGAGGCAAAAAAGGAACAAAGCCAGUUCCCUCCCCUCCCCAGCUCCCCGGGGCAGAACCACAUCCUCCUCCCCCAUGAACACCCCAUCUGCCCCACACAGGGCUUUCCCUUUGCUGAGUCACUGAAUGAGAUGAGUUGGGGGCAGCUGGGGCUGGUGGACCAGGAGGAUGUUAGGGGAGGACAAGGGAUAGAGAAAAAGGAUGGAGGAAGAUCGCUGGUGUGGGGGUGUGGAAUUUUAGUUGCUAAAAAUAGGAGCAGAGGAAGGAGGUGGAAAGGCCUAGUUAUGUAACCUGGAUUAUCUGUUCUUAGGCAACCAGAGUCUCACACCCAAGGCUAGUCAGACUGCUAGACCCCAGCUGGCCCCGCCUUCAAGCUUAUCAGUCCUGUCUCUGCUCCAGGACCAGAGUCUAUGUCUCCUGCACAGGUUCUAACCCCCACUCCAAACUCAGGCCUUGACUCUGGGAACCCCAGGCUUGGCCUUCCACAUCAACAUCUCCUUUUCCAAGCACCAGAGGUGGAGGGAGAGGCCUGGAGCUCACAUGGAGCAGGAAGUGGACUUCAUUCCUCCCACUCUUCUUGAUGGGUUUCCACUACAGCUCCAAGAAAACCAGGAUAGGAAGUUGUAAAUCACACCCACUGCCAUCCGCCAGGCCACACCCUGGAAGAGAAAGGGCAGGCCCUGCUAAGCGGUGUGUGCGCCAUCUGUGCACAUCUGCAUCAGAGAAUCCUAGCAUCAGAAACUUAGUCUUUAGCUUUGAGCCGUGAUCUACACCAGAGAAUCCCACCAGUGAUAGUGGCAGAAGGUGGUAGGACGGGGUGAGGAAGCCUCUGGAAACCUGGGGACAGGGACCCAGCCUGAGACUGGAGACAAGAGCUCAGAAUAGUGAGGAGGCCAUGGCCUCCAAGGGACCAGGCAGAUGUUCAGGGGCAGAAAGGAGGGCUGGUGAGAAAGAUCCUGUGAGAGGAAGCUACUGUGAAUCAGAGAAGAGACUUAACGCUGUGAGCAAGCCAGGCGUCCAGUUCCUCUCACAGACUGGAGAUUUCGGAAGUGGCAUGCAAAAAGCCUGGGCUUGGAGCUGGGGGUGGGGGAGGGAGCUGGCGUUAGCAUCCCUAAGUCAGAGGGUUGAGAGGUAAGCAACAGAAAAGCUUAACAUCAGAUCUGCUCCUCUGCCCAGAUCUCUGCGGAGUGAAGCACCUUGUUCCUCUUCCCACAGUGGUUGCCUGAAACCAAAGCAAAACAAGCCCUUGCUCGUGGGCCCCUCGACCUCCCUCUCUUGAGUGUCCCUUCUUGGUGUCUGGCCCCCAGCCCUGAUGGGGGUUCCCCCAAGAAGAGGGCUGUUCACUUUCUCUGACCACACGGUUUCCGCUUCUGUGUCUCUUGCUUCCUAGGCUGAUAAAAAUACUGCGCCCUAGAGGCCCUGGCUUCCUCUGACCCCUGAUGCCAGGCAGCAGGCAUCCUGUCCACCACAGUAAAGGGGACAGGAAAGGGGCCCAGGGAUCCCCAAGGGGUGACUUGGUGCCUCCCGUGAAGCACUAGGGAGGUGCAGGUGUGGGCCUGUCUGCUCUCUAGAGCCAAAUCUCAGUGGAGGAAACAUUGGGGUUCAGUGUGAGAAACCCAGUUGGUGACAUUGAAGAGGCUGGAAUGAUGAUUGGAUCAGCAGGAAGGUAGGUUUGAGUCCAGUUAGGAAAAGGAUCAGGCGGGAUGCUCUCAGAGCAGGUAGGCUGAGCAUGAUGGAGCCCAAAGAGAACUGCAAACCCUGCUUCAAGUGUGUCUCCCCACCUUACUUGCACAGUCUGAUGGUAAGGCACCAUGGCUGCAGAGAGGAGGGAGGUGGACACCAUUUGCAGGAAGCCCAGGUGUGAGAGCCUGCUGUGCAGAAAGAAAGAUAAUGUCAAGGUUACAGACAGGCGCUUCAUGCUGUAGGCAGUGGUACUGACAAACAAUUCAGGAGAUCAGGAACAUGCUUCAGGACAUGCAGGCAGGAAAUGAAGAAAACCUGUCAUGGAAACCCUACUAUGUGUUAGCAAUCCCUUUCCCAACGUCUUGUUAGCAUUCAGGAAACAUGUCCCAAAGUUGGCUUGCUAAGAACUUUAGAGGAGACCAAGAGGCAUCAGGAACGCACGCUCUCUCUCUCUCUGUCGCUCUCACUCUAUUUUUGUCUUCCGUACUCCCCCUGAAGCAAAUCAUGGAAGUAACUCCUUUUUCCAAAUCAGGACAUAGAAACUAAACCUUUUUCCCAAAACCAGCCACAGACUCUAGAAACCUUCUAACCUUCCCCACCUUUUGGUGUAGGAAUUGCCCAUGAACUGUCUGACUUGCCUAUCUGGCAGUUGGUUAGAAGAGUUUCAUUCCAGACCAGUCCUACCUGAGUUGCUUCAAAGAGAGGCCAAGAAGAAUCCGAACAGACAGGCCACACAUUUCCGCCCUCCAUCUGUUCCCAUUCAUUCAUUCACACCCUUUUUGUCCAAUCACAUUUCCAUAUGCUAUCCAUUCUUCAUCAGAUCUAGACAUCAAAAUGGACAGUUUUCUCUGGGGCCUGGGUCUUCAUUUCUGAAGGUUCCUAUAUCAUGUAAAGCUUUGAUUAAAUAAAUUUGUUACACUUUUUUUCUAGCUAA